AUGAAUGUUGAUAGUAUAUUUUUGCUUAUUGUAUCACCACCUUUAAUUGCUAUUUCAAUUAUUUGCUCAUGCAAUAGACAGUUAAAAAUUUUGCCAAUUAUUGAUACAAAGAAUAUUGAUUUAAAAUCAAUGAAUUCAAUUCCAUCUAAAAAUGAUAAAAUUUUAUCAGCAAUUACAUCAACCAAUUCAAUCACAUCAAAUAGUAAUUCUGAAAAGCAUAUUAGCAAUAAUAAAUCAACAUUUAAAACUAAUGGUAAUAAAACAAGUAUAAAAAAUGGAAUAGUUAAUACAAUAUCGAAAAAAUCGAAUACUCAAUUAUCGGAAAUAAAUCAAAAAUCAGCGAAUAAGCAAUCAUGGAAAAAUGCAAAGCAAAAUAAAUUGAAGCAACAAAAUAUGCAAAUGAAAGAUAUUCCAAAAUUAUUGUCGCAGCAAAUAGUUCCAUCAAAUGAAUCAAAUUAUAAAUGCUUGGAUAAGAAAGAAAAUAAUUUACAAAAGAUGAAAAGUGAAGAAAUAAAUUUUUCUAACUUUGAAGAACAAAUGAAACAAUCAAUUAUUUGUGAUAGUAAUCAGAAUGAAACAGAAAUUAGCGCAUUAAUGGCUGAUGGCAUUGUAAUAUUUCCACGCCAAUUUAAAUGGAAAUUAAUAAAUACCGCACAGCAAGUAAAAUUACAAAAUCCAACUGAAAAACGUUUUGCAAUAAAAGUUAAAUGCACAGAUAAUAAUUUGUACAGAGUAAAACCAGUAUUUACAUUUAUUGAACCAAAAAGUUCUGUUAUUUUUAAUGUUAAUCGAUAUGAUAGCAAUGCAACUAUCGAUCAUAUUCUAUUUCUAACCACUUCGGCGGAAAAAACCGAUGAUAAUCCGCGCCUGCUUUUUGCGGAUUCGAUGGCAAAUAGCGAUGAAACUAUCGAAAUGAUGAAAACAGCGCCAUUAAUAAAUUCUUAA